AUGGCAAUGGUUCAACAAGAUUCAUUGGAAGAUGACACAAAGCAAGACGAGCAGAAGACUAUUCAACUUGAUAUUACAAAUAUUUUUCAGGAGCUAAAUUUUUUGAAGAAAAAAGUAUUAAAGUUAGAAAGGCAACUUACGGAGACCCGUGAUUUAUGCAAGGAAAACCAGC